CUCUAUUGAACAGUGUUCUGACUAAGUUUUUUUAUACUGGAUUGGAACAAAGCUCUUGAAAUGCAUGUACUGUCCUGUCCAUGAAGACUUUCUAAAUAUAGGUCUUUCGAUUGUGCCAUCAUUCAUUUUCGCUAGAAAAAUGUCUAGGAAAUUAAUAAUAUUGUUUUCCUCGUGUUCUACUGUGAAAUUGAGAUUUGGAUGGCAUGAGUUGAAUUUCAUCAACAUGUCUUCCGCUUUUGAUCUGCUUUCACAGACAAUAAAAAUGUCAUCAACAUAUCUUAGGUAUACAUCUGUUUCUUGUAUAUGUUGCUGCAAGGUACCGGUUUCUACGCCUGACAAGAAUAAGUCAGCGAAAAGGGGUCCCAAAUGGCUUCCCAUUACGACACCAUCAACUUGACGGAAUAGAUGCCUGUCGAAUUGGAAUUGGACAUUUUUAGUGCAUAAAAGUAACAAUUUCCUCAAUUCCAAUGUUGGAAUGGGUAUGUUUUCAGCUUC